AUGGCAACGUCUAAGCGUACAAUUAUCAACUCAAUUGCAGUACUGAGGAUACUCACUCUCGCCGCGUGUGCAGCUGCACUUGCGCUUAUUGUAACCAACAACUUCAAACUUGAUGGCGACAAAACCAAAUUCAGUGACAUCAAAGGCAUCAGGUAUGUAUUAGCUGCGGCUGCAGGGGGAGCGGUCUAUUCAUUAAUUCAGCUGCCUUUCGCAGUGUAUCAAGCCCUCAACGAGAAGAGGUUGAUCAAGGGCCAGUUUCUGCCUAUGUUUGAUUUUUACGGUGAUAAGGUGAUAGCGUUCUUCUUGGCAAGUGGAGUUGGCGUAGGAUUUGGCAUCAGUAUCGAACUCAAAAAAUUCAUAGACCAAUUAGUUGACAGCUUGGAAGUUUUAGGGGUAGAUGGACUUGAAGAAUUUGAGGACAAGACCAAAAAAUUUCUGGACAGGGGAAUUGUUGCUAGUGGAGUCCUCCUAGCUGGUUUUGCUACCAUGGCUAUACUCACCAUUCUUACUUCUUCCAACCGCAAUGGAAGAGGCCUCUAG